CCGUUCAGAGAGAGAGAGAGAGGCGGUGUGGCUGCGGAGGAGCGCUCCGAAGCUUCCCUCAUACGCACUUUAAACAGGAUGUAGCGGCUGAGACAGAAGAGAAAAACAGAAGCGGCUCAGAGACCGAGAUGUGACGAAACUGCGAGCCAGACAGAAAUGACCGCCGCGGCAGAGGAGCGACCGAAGCAGACAGGAGGAGUCCGGAUGAGGCACCUCACCGCCGGCAGGUCUUGACGGCUGCUCCCGCUGACCUGAGACCCCCGCACCGCUACCGCCGCCGCCACCGCCACCGCCGCUGCAGCAGGAGCAGGAGCAGGGCGCCCUGCCACUACCCGAAAACACACAACCUCCACAUUGAAGGCGACCAUGGCGAACCAGGGCGACUGCUGUGUGAAGGUUGCUCUGAGGAUCCGUCCUCAAAUGGCCAAGGAGAAGAUCGAGGGCUGCCACGUGUGCACGCUGGUCACGCCCGGAGAGCCACAGGUCCUCCUGGGGAAGGACAAAGCUUUCACCUACGACUUUGUGUUUGAUGUUGACUCAGAGCAGCACCGUAUCUACCAGGCCUGCGUGUACAAGCUCAUCGAAGGCUGCUUCGAGGGGUACAAUGCCACCGUGUUCGCUUACGGUCAGACGGGCUCGGGUAAGACCUACACCAUGGGUACGGGUUUUGACGUGAGCCUGACCCCGCUGGAGCAGGGCAUCAUUCCCCGGGCCGUUCACCAGCUGUUCGAGGGGAUCCAGAGCCGGAGGGAGCGAGCCCAGGAGGCCGGCACCCAGCCCCCCGAGUUUAAAGUCAGCGCCCAGUUCCUGGAGCUGUACAACGAGGAGAUCCUGGACCUGUUCGACGGAGCCAGGGAUCCAGAGAGCCGCAGCAGGAAGUCAAACAUCAGGAUCCACGAGGACGCCAACGGCAGCAUCUACACCACCGGAGUCACCUCCAGGCUCGUGCACUCAGAGGAAGAGCUGCUGCAGUGUCUGAAGCUGGGCGCUCUGUCCCGCACCACAGCAAGCACGCAGAUGAACGCCCAGAGCUCCCGCUCGCACGCUAUUUUCACCAUCCACCUCUGUCAGAUGAGAGUCUGUCAGCAGCCGCAGAUGCAGAACGGAGGAGGAGAGAACGAGGAGGAGCUGAAUGGAGUGACCUCCAGCCCCAUCGCGCAGCCGGAGUACGAGACGCUGAUGGCCAAGUUCCACUUUGUGGACCUGGCCGGCUCCGAGAGGCUGAAACGCACCGGAGCCACAGGAGAGCGGGCCCGGGAGGGGAUCUCCAUUAACUGUGGACUGCUGGCUCUGGGAAACGUGAUCAGUGCUUUAGGAGAUCAGACCAAAAAGGGAGGACAUGUCCCAUACAGAGACUCCAAACUGACCCGACUGCUGCAGGACUCACUGGGAGGGAACAGUCGCACAGUGAUGAUCGCUUGCGUAAGCCCCUCAGACCGCGACUUCAUGGAGACUCUGAACACGCUGAAGUACGCCAACCGUGCUCGAAACAUCAAGAACAAGGUGGUGGUGAACCAGGACAAGACCAGCCAGCAGAUUAGCGCGCUGCGUGCCGAGAUAGCACGACUGCAGAUGGAGCUGAUGGAGUACAAGGCGGGGAAGCGUGUGGCGUGCGAAGACGGGUCGGAGGGCUACAGUGACCUGUACCAGGAAAACGCCAUGCUGCAGAGGGAGAACGACACGCUGCGCCUCAGGGUGAAGGCCAUGCAGGAGACCAUCGACCACCUCAACACGCGAGUUACGCAUCUUCUGGCCAAUGAAGUCAGCACCCUGCUCACCAAGUCAAGUGAAGGCAAUGAGGAAAUUGGCGCUCUAGUCCAGAAAUAUAUCCGAGAGGUUGAAGAACUCAGAACCAAACUCCUUGAAAGUGAGUCCAUGAACGAGUCUCUGCGACGACAGGUAGCCCGUCUUUCGGCCCGCUCGCCGUUCCCUGCCUCCUCGCUCAGCCCCGCCCCCGGCCAUCCCCCCGGCUCCUCCCCGGCCCCGAUGUCCAUGGAGGCCGAGAUGACGGACGUGUUACGCAGGGCGAAGCUGGACAUCGAGAGGCUAAAGAAGAAGGAGAGGAGGCAAAGGAGGAUGAGCCCUGAGUUGGAGAAAGGUCUGAAGAAACGAGUGAAGCUGCACACGUACGAGAACGGCGAGAACGGGCAGAGUGGUGAAAAUGGUCAGAACGGCGAGAUCGACUCCGAUGACAAUUACACCGAGGACAUCAUGUCUCCGCUACAGGAGGAGAGCGGCUGUGAAGACGAUGAGGGGGAGGAUGAGGAGGAAGGCAGGGAGGAGGACGAGUUUGACAGUGAUGAAAGCCUUGUGGAUUCAGACUCUGAUUCGGAUGAGAAAGCCAACUUCCAGGCGGACCUGGCAGACCUGACCUGCGAGAUUGAGAUCAAGCAGAAGCUGAUAGACGAGCUGGAGAACAGCCAGCGGAGGCUGAUGAUGCUGAAGCUGCAGUACGAAGAGAAGCUCAUCCUGCUGCAAAACAAGAUCCGAGACACGCAGCUGGAGAGAGACCGUGUGCUGCAAAACCUCAUGUCCAUGGAGAACUACACGGAGGAGAAGGCCAACAAGAUCAAGCAAGAAUACGAGAAACGUCUGAAGGAGAUGAACCGCGACCUGCUCAAGCUGCAGGCGGCUCAGAAGGAGCACGCCCGUCUCCUUAAAAACCAGGGGCGGUACGAGCGGGAGCUGAAGAAGCUCCAGUCUGAGGUCAACGAGAUGAAGAAAGCCAAGGUGGCACUGAUGAAGCAGAUGAAGGAGGAGCAGCAGAGGAGGAGGAUGGUGGAGGCCAAGAGGAACCGGGAGAUUGCCCAGCUCAAGAAGGAGCAACGGCGACAAGAGUAUCAGAUCCGAGCGUUGGAGUCCCAGAAGCGGCAGCAGGAGCUGGUGCUGCGCAGGAAGACCCAGGAAGUGACCGCCCUGCGGCGCCUCACCAAGCCAAUGUCGGACCGCGUGGCCGGACGCGUGGCCCGCUGGAACCAGACCCCCCCGGUCACAGACUCCGGGGCCGAGCUGUCAGCCAGCACCACGGCGAGCAGCUCCGAACCCGAGAUAGCCAGGACCGUCAGCGGACUGGUGCGGCAGUGGAACAACAAAAACAGUGCGUUUGGUUACCUGGGAGAGAGCGAGGGGAGCAUGGACGGAACCCGGGUUAUUGGCAGUAGGAAGAAGCUGCAGCGUAAACCCGCCCUCCUGAAUAACCUGGGAGCUGCCAGCAGAACCGGCAGCUUCUCCAAGUCGGCCCGUCAGAAGUGGCAGGCGCUGGAGCGCCGCAUCAUGGACAUCGUCAUGCAGAGAAUGACCAUCUCUAAUGUGGAAGCAGACAUGGACCGCCUCAUCAAGAAGCGAGAGGAGCUGACGGCCCAGCAGGAAGCACUCUCACACAAGAGGGAGGUGCUGAUGGCGGAUGGGGAGGGACCCGAGGCCGAGGACCGCCUCCUCCUGGAAAUCAACGAGGACAUCGAGGUGCUGAAUGCCAAUAUAGACUACAUCAACGACAGCCUCUCCGACUGCCAGGCCAUGAUAGUGCAGAUAGAGGAGACCAAGGAUGAGCUGGACUCAGUGGACACCUCAGUGGUGAUCAGUUCCUGCUCUCUGGCUGAAGCACGCCACCUGCUGGAUCACUUCCUGAAGGCUUCUAUUGACAAAAGUUUACAGGUGGCUCAGAAGGAGGCUCAAAUCAGGCUGCUGGAGGGCCAGCUGAGGCAGACGGAUGUGAUCGGCUCAUCUCACAAUCACAUCAUCCUGGACGCCCUGCGAGAAAAGGCCGAGUAUAUCCCCGAGCUCCAGGCCCUCAUCCACAACGUCCAGCAGGAGAACGGAUAUGCCAGUACCGACGAGGAGCCCUCAGAGUUCAGCCAAGCCUCUGACAGCAGUGUGUCUCAGAUGAAAGAGUCCAACAGCCAAGAUGACUUCAAGAUCAAGGUGGAGCCUCGCCUGUCUGCUCAGAUGAAGGCGGUGUCGGCGGAGUACCUGGGUCCCAUCCUGGACCCUUCGUCGGGUAGCAAGCAGCAGCACAUCACCAAGUCUCUGGCCUCGCUCACCGACAUCCAGGAGGACGGCCUGAGCCUCGUUCCAGGGAGUCUGGCGCUCAGCCUGGCCCUCCGAGAGCCCUACCACAGGGACCGCGCGUCCCGCACCAUCAGCCUGCCUGUCAGGGGACACACCUUUCCCAGGCAGUCUCGAGGUUAUGACACUUCCCCCAUAACAAGGAGGAAAUCAUACGACCGAGCAUACAGACCCACCGACGGCUACACCCCCCCCUCCUCCCCUCCUCUGCGAACCAGGAAUGACCGCAACGUCUUCUCAAGGCUCACCAGCAACCAAACACAAGGCUCUGCUCUGGAUAAGUCGGAUGACAGCGACUCCUCGCUCUCCGAGGUGCUCAGGGGCGUGAUCAAUCCCAUCGGGGGUGUGAAGGGGGGUCGCACGGCGCCCCUGCAGUGUGUGUCUGUGGCUGAAGGCCACUCAAAGCCGGUGCUGUGUGUGGAUGCUACAGACGAGCUGCUGUUCACUGGAUCAAAAGAUCGAACCUGUAAGAUGUGGAACCUGGUGACUGGGCAGGAGAUCGCCACCCUCAAAGGCCACCCCAACAAUGUUGUGUCAGUCAAAUACUGCCCGUCCUCCGGUCUGGUCUUCUCCGUCUCCACCUCCUACAUCAAGGUGUGGGACAUCCGCGACUCUGCCAAGUGCAUCCGCACGCUCACCUCUUCAGGACAGGUGGUCUCGGGCGAUGCGUGCGCUGGCACCACCACCCGCACAAUCACCUUCGCUCAGGGCGAGUGUCAGAUCAACCAGAUCGCCCUCAACCCUUCAGGGUCUGUGCUCUACGCUGCUGCUGGAAACAUUGUUCGCAUGUGGGACCUCAACAGGAUGCAGGCGAUGGGGAAGCUGACGGGCCACAUCGGCUCAGUCAUGUGUCUGACGGUGGGACAGUCUCUGCUCGGCAAAGACCAGGUGAUCACUGGCUCCAAAGACCAUUACGUCAAGGUGUUUGACGUAGCAGAGGGAACUCUGGGUAACGUAGGUCCCGCUCAUAAUUUUGAGCCUCCGCACUACGACGGCAUCGAGUGCCUGGCCGUCCACGGAGACGUGCUGUUCAGCGGCUCCAGGGACAACGGCAUCAAGAAGUGGGAACUGGGGCAGCAGGAGCUCAUACAGCAAAUCCCAAAUGCACACAAGGACUGGGUGUGCGCUCUGGCGUACGUACCGGGACGACCCAUGCUGCUGAGCGCCUGUCGCGGCGGCAUGCUGAAGGUGUGGAACGUCGACAACUUCUCUCCCAUCGGAGAGAUCCGGGGCCACGACAGCCCCAUUAAUGCCAUAUGUACCAACUCCAGACAGAUCUUCACUGCGUCGAGUGACUGCAGGGUGAAGUUGUGGAACUAUGUGCCAGGUUUGACCCCGUGUCUUCCUCGACGGGUCCUGGCCAUCAAGGGCCGAGCCACCAGCCUCCCAUGACCGCCUCCUCUCUGCUCACCAACCUUCCCCUCCUCUGCGACAUGAAAGUGAAGAUCUGGCUGUCAAAGGUGUAUAGGAAGAGGUGAGAACCGAGGAGAACUGUGGUUUCGUUUGUCAGCCGUCUCUGCUGCCACUUCAGCCGCCGAGCUGCGACCUGCUCACUUCUGUCACUGAGAUGUGACACCAAAAUCCAGUUUCCAAGGCAAUCAAGGUGUUUUUUUUUUUUCCCCACUCCCAGUCACAGUGCAACAUGAUAAAGAUGCGGCGAACUAUGUUGAGGAAGAAGAGGAAAAAGAAAAAAAACAAUUUGCCUUUCAGAUUUUUUUUUUUUUUUUUUUUUUUUUUUACUGCCAAUUUGAAAGUGCCAUUCAGCUGUGGUGCUACUCGGAAAAGAUAAACUGCGUUUGCCUGGUCGUGAAUCAGUCAGGUGAAAAAAAACCAUUUCUCUCUUGACAUGAAGACUGCUGCAUCCUGGCAUCAAAUGAAAAAGUGUCCUUCUGUUUUCUCGCCAACGUUUCAGACAGUGAGAGGCGAACCUGCUCACAGACGUGUAAUCAUGUAUCUAUACGUGGAAAUCAAGACGUGAUUUGAAUUGAAAUCCCGGCUGAACGUGAACUGGCUGACAGCUUCGGUAGACUUGUGGCUGAGCACAGUAGACAAUCACCCCAUGUGUUCAUUCCGGACCGCUGCUGAUCCUUGGAUGGACGUCAACGCUAAACCGCACAAAACGCCACCACGCGGCGUUUUGCUCGUCACUCGGGAUCUGCUCCUGUUCCGUUCAUCUCUCUCAAUCCAUCACUGAAACUUUAGUGCGUUCCAGAAGUCACGUUGUUAUUUUCUUUAAUGACUGUUGUUAAUUUAUUACCUCCCCUACCUCAGUUGUUUUGGAAUUCAGCACGAGGUGGGCGGGAACAUUUUUACGGGUCUCUGUGUACAAACACCUGGUGCUCGACGUUUCCAAGUCUUUAUUUAACGCCCGGCUCCUCAUCUCUGCGUGGAUGUGUCCUCCGUGGCCCGCCAGCUAUCAGACCGUCUGGCUGCUGACCUCGCAAACAGGAAAGCACACAUUCAGUAGCACAACUUGGGUAGCCGCGGCUCCCGACGGACCUGACUGGAUGGUAUUAUCAGCUCUGUAAAGUGCCAACUGCGGCGAAACUAAGAAACACCCCUGCAGAUGCACACGACACACAAACAGUACACACUCCUCGCACAUUUGUGCACGGAGGCCAAAGUGCCACAUCAUUAUCUCGACCUAACUUCGCAGCGUGUGGCUCAUACCCGCCACUUAUCUGUCAUGCAAAUGGUAAUAGGAGCUCUACUGGUUUUUUUUCCCUCCGCCUGUUUUCAGCCUCGCUCUGAUCUUUAAGGUUUGCGAUGGUGUCAGACUGACCACGGAGGAGACCGCCGCCGCUCUCCCGGCUGCCGAGUUUCACCAAGAAGCCAAUUUAAUUAGAGGUCUCACAUCUUUACUCGCUGCUUUUCAGGCAAAAUUACUUGGGUGAAAGUAGGUCAUAACUGAGAGGGAUUUCUUAUUAAAAUCUCAAUUUUUCUUCCACCCACUUUUUCGCUGCUACUUUUGCAGGCAGGAAGAAACUUCCUGGAUUGGUGCACUGAUGUUCAAAUCUGUUUCUGCGGCAGAUUACAUGUGUGGGCAACACACACACACACACACACACACACACAUAUUGCACAUACUGUGGACACGAGCGAGAUUUCAGCGGCUGUUUCGGUUAUCCAUCUUGCCUGAUAGUUCUUGGCAUCCCUCGCUGUGAUAAUUUAGUGUCUCUUUAAUGAAAUAAAUCCAGCGCCGCAGCAUUCCACUGACGUAUGCACAUAUAUUUACACACGCCUACAGGCAUCAGUUAAGUCUUAAAAGUCAAUUCAAUUAUCUUCUUUUUUUUUUUUUUCGUCGCUGUUGCCUGACACCUUUAAAUACUGAGAAUAGCUUUCAUUCGCAUCGCUUUAUGAACUUUUUUCUGUACCACUCCAAACGCGUUUCUUAUCACUCUGAUGUCUUACAGCUCAAUUAAAACCCGAAUUCAUAUCUGUUUGAAUUAAUGUUGGGUAUUUCAGCUUUGCAAUAUGGCUCAUUCUGUUGGAGGAUUUAAUAAUUUACUGCACUUUUAACUUAUAAGAGACCCAGAGUAUGUAGUUGAAUUUUGAGCGGUGGAUCAUAAAGCAGCAUUCAUGCAGGUUUAGAAUGACGAGUAUACCUUCGGCAUGCUUUCUAUAACCUCUGCUCUCAUGAAUGAGUCUUUUCUGCUGCUGUUUCGUGAAUCCAGGGCAACUUUUUAAGCUGCUCACACUCUCCAAAAGCAAUUACAGAGGUUCUGAUGUUCUGUUGGGACGGGGAUGUUCUUGGGUGUAAUUUUGCUACGAUAAGAUACUCAGGUAAAAGGUUGAAGAAUAAUUCAGUCAUAAUUAAAGUCGUAACUUGACCCUGUGAUAUUAGGUAGCUUUUUGAAUUGACCAAAUGCCUUGUGAUUUUUUUUUUUUCUUCUCUUCCUAACUUGGAGAAAAAUGGUACUAUCAUUUCCAUGUUUUGCUUUAGCAUUCAACUCCCUUUACUUCUUAUCUAUGUACUGUGCUUCUGUGUACAGAAAGUACACCUUUUUAGAUAGCAUCUUUUCAAUCUGGCCAAAGCUGAAAGUCUUGCAAUUUCAAGAAGAUGUGCACUGAAUUUAAACCCUUGCUUGUUCAAAAAUGUGUAUAAAAUGUGGUGUUUGUAUAGUGGUUUGCCUAUCAACCUGGAGUGGGUCGGUACAAAUUGUGGUCUGUAGGGAAAUUAACCUCCAUAACAUGAUGGUUUCUAUACUUUAACGUGGCGCCCGUUGGGCCCCUUCACUGUACGCUGUGUAUUUAUCUGUGCCAAUUAGCGAAGCUGACCCUGCGCACCAGCCCAGCAAUGUGUUUCAUGUGGUAAUAAUGCUAAGACGGGCUUUAUCUUGGCUUCUUCUCACUUCCAGACUCCUACAUAUUGUUAGAGAGGAUCUUAUAGUACUGUAGCUUUAGGCACUGCUCUCUGUCGUGCCCCCGCUUGUACAUUUGCGAACAGUUUGCAUGAUGUUAGUGGUGCUGAUCGGUUGCUUGGACAUCUUGAAAUAAUGCAGUUCAGUGCGCCAGUAUUCAUUGGUUGCACGGCCAGUGGAAACGUUUACUACUUGAGAUUUGCUGUUAAAAUCUCAAAAGAAUUGAUGCACAGAAUCUGAAGCAGUGAAGAAAUUAUGCAAAAAAAAAAAAAAAACCUAAACUAAAAUGUUGAAUGUACUUGACAAACUCUGCCUACCUGGAAGUGUUUUUCUAGCACGCAGAAGCCGUAAAU